UUUUGGUCUAAUUUAUUCCCACUUUAUUUUUGGUUCGCUCUCUUCAUUCUAAUUCCUCUUCUAAAAGCUUGCACACCAGGCGAGGAGGCAUCAUGUUAUACGCCAUUUUCCACUAUCUCGGGGGCGUAGAAGAAACGGUAGCAUCUAUACUAAAACUGGCGCCCACCGUCGGCUACUAUGUGACCGCAAUGGUCGUCGGCCUGACACUGUUCGGCCUGUCCGCAGUCUGGCUCUUCCAGCGCGACAUGGUCUACCCAGCAGCGUUCCCAGCGCACUCUCGCGAGCGCGUAUCCCUCCCCUCGCAGUUCGGCAUGCCGCACUUUGACGACAUCCGCCUCGAAACCCCGACAAGGACGAAAAACGCACCGACACUGCUGUACUUCCACGCCAACGCUGGAAACAUGGGCCACAGACUGCCGAUUGCCAAGCUUAUGUACGAGAUGCUCGGGUGCAAUGUGUUUAUGCUGUCGUACCGCGGAUACGGGCUUUCCGAGGGCCAGCCGUCGGAGGCUGGUAUUAAGACCGAUGCGCAGACGGCGCUGGAGUUUGUCCGCUCGCACCCGCUGACGGCCAACACCAAGCUGGUGGCCUACGGGCAGUCGCUGGGCGGCGCCGUGGCCAUCGACCUUGUGGCGGCCAACGAGCCCGAGUUUGCCGGAAUCAUCUUGGAGAACACCUUUCUUUCCAUCGCCAAGCUGGUGCCCAGCGUUCUGCCCAUCCUCAAGUACGUGACGUUCCUAGCCAGCGAGAAGUGGAACUCGGAGCAGGCUAUCCGCAAGAUCACCACAGUGCCUGUGCUCUUCCUCUCUGGUCUUCAAGACGACCUGGUGCCGCCGCCGCAGAUGCGCAAGCUGCACGAGCUGGCUGCGCGCAACCAGGACGGGAAGAGCAUGAAGGUUACGUGGGAGGAGUUUGCCAAUGGAAAGCACAACGACACGUGUGUACAGCCCGGGUACUACGAGAAGAUCUCGAACUGGUGGAAGAACACUGUGGUUACUGCUGCUCCCUAUGUGCCUACUGGCCGGCUGGGCGGUCUGGAGCCCAAAGACACUGUCGAAAAGUCUGAUGGCGAGAACAUCUACCGCGUCGAGUCCGCUUCGGCCGACCGGAGCUUUGAGGAUGCCGAGGGCAGCACGCCGGCUGGCGGCUCCAAGAAGCAUGACUGAUGCGAGUCGUAGAUCAAUCAGGCGAUUAGCAGAUCCUCUGGAUUUGUGAGCACUCAGUGACAAAUGACCCAGAAAAUUAUUUUUUAUGUUUUGAAACCUCGCCUAUUUCUCACACACAAUAAUAUCCAUGUUUGACGGUUUU